GGCAAAGCGACAAGCAGCGAAGACGUAUCCCGGAUACAUGUCUUCUGAGACCCUAUAUAACUGACAGGAUGCUUUUCGCAGUUUUAGUUACCACCAAAGGCCCGUUUCGUCUUCUUGUGUCUUGGCUGACUCCUGUUGCAAGAUGACUUCGUUCAUAACAAGCCUUUUGUUCACCGCUUGUUCUCUGGUCUUGGCGCCCAAUGCUGUGGUUUCGCAACUCCAAAGGAACUGCCCAGACAACUACGUGCUCUUGGCUGACAAAUGCUAUGGCUUUCGGCGCACUGUGGCGGACUGGAACAACGCCCGUGAAUCUUGCCUGAACGAGAAUGCCGACUUGGCCUCAGUCCUCACCACUCAGGAACACUCGGAGAUUCUGGCCCACCUGGCGGCGAACUACCCUGGCGUCUACUGGAUCGGAGGCGCCACCAGGAACCAAGGGGCGUGGACGUGGGUGGCGACGGGGACGCCCGUGAACGAGCAGUGGUGGGGCGGCGCCCACGCGCCCACCUCACAACGCUGCGCCUACUUCUGCUCCCAUACUCGCAAAUACUGGAGUAGCACAUGCGACGUGACCAAGAACUUCAUUUGCGAAAAGAGUGUGGAGACUGAAGUUGAACCAGAACAAGAGAUUGAAACAGAAGAGGACUUUGAUCCAGAAAACGAAGAUGCAGACGCAGAAAGGAUUCCUUCUCUACCUUCUGUCAGGGCGGAGUUGAGGUCUGGAGCUUCGUCUGCCACACACAGCAUGGCCUUCGUCGUUUUUCUGUUGAGUUUGUGCGCAGCCUUGGUAUAAUGUGGAUUUAUGAGGGGCUGUGUGGGCCAGUGACUCACAUGCCUUUUCAGACUCUGUAUGAAGCUGUACAUACUCUUACCUACGUCUGUACAGUACAGCUUAUAUCCUUAUGUGACACUGAAAGACCAGUGUUUUCAUUGACUUACAGAUUUGUUAUAUCUGAAUUUAUCAAUAAGAACAGGAGCCUCUAGCAGUGACUCUUCGUAUGAUUUGCUAUCGAGAAAUGUAAUGAAUUAUUAUGAAUUCACCUUUGCAUGAUGUGACAAUAUGCUCUUUGGUGGGUUUUUAUAAUGUUACUAAGAUGCCUCUCCCCCCCCCACCCCCCUUUUUUUCUUUCUAUAUGUAUCCUGCAUUUUUGUUGUUGAUGCUCACAUGUUCAACUUUUUAGCGGACUCUUGAUAUUAUUUGAUCUUUAGUAUUCCACUAACGUGUAACUAUACUGUGGGGUCAUAAUUCUCAAGAUCUUGGUAAUUUUCCGCAAUGUGGAGUUGGACCGUCACAAAUUCACUUAAAUCAGGUCACGUUACAAAUACGAUAUGUAUAUAAACAAAAAGGUCUCUGUCAUUCAUUGAGUAUAAAUAAAACAGACAAAGAAGCCCCAUGAAA